AUAAAUCUGAAAAUCAAUAUAUAACAAAUACUCAAAAAAUAAAGAGAAAGCAGAGAGAGAGAGAGAUGGGAAACAGCCUAAGGUGUUGUCUGGCUUGUGUUCUUCCAUGUGGAGCACUAGAUUUGAUCAGGAUCGUUCAUCUAAACGGCUACGUUGAGGAGAUCACACGGUCAAUAACUGCCGGAGAGAUCCUCAAGGCAAACCCAAACCAUGUCCUAAGCAAACCUUGUUCUCAAGGAGUUGUCCGCAAAAUCUUGAUUUUGUCCCCUGAAUCUGAGCUCAAGCGAGGAAGCAUCUAUUUUCUCAUCCCUGAUUCUUCCUUGCCGGAGAAGAAAAGGAGGAGAAAGGACGCUCCUCGCCGGAAAAAGACUCUCAACAACCCUAGUGCCGACGCCACCGGAGAAGUUAAAGGUGAUGAUGAAUGUGUGAAGUUGUGUGAGAAGUACUUAGAAGAAGUUGUGUCGUCGGCGUCGACAGGUAAAGAGCACCGUCAUCGCCGGCGGCACAGCAGAUCGGCGUCAGUAUCCACGUGGCGGCCUCUCCUUGACAGUAUCUCUGAGGAUCUUAAUUAAUUCCUCUUCCCUUUAUUUUUUUUGUUGCUUCUAGCUAAUGGUGUUUUUUGUCCGGAAGCCGGAUUUUUAUUUC